AGGUGAGAGUCACCUGGCGGCGGCGGCGAGAAACAUCAGUCACCUGGAGGAGGUAAACAACAGCUGUCACCAUGACAUCCAAAGUUACUUUCAAGAUCACCCUUACUUCAGACCCAAAACUUCCCUUCAAAGUAUUGAGUGUUCCAGAGAACACACCCUUUACAGCUGUCUUAAAGUUUGCUGCAGAAGAAUUUAAGGUGGCUCCAGCCACUUCCGCCAUCAUCACUGAUGACGGCAUUGGCAUUAACCCAAGUCAGGCAGCAGGGAGUGUGUUUUUGAAACAUGGCUCGGAACUUCGACUUAUUCCUCGUGAUCGCGUUGGUGGGAUACUAUAGAAAAUAUUGCACCUGAUGCUACAACAUUGUGAUGGCUGCAUUCCUGAGACACAGUUAAUCAACAUGUAACUUGAUAUCUUUCAAGACUUGCAUUUUUUCUCAGUUAUAUGCUUCGGUUUAAUUAAUAGUUACUCCUGUAUAAACAAAUUAUAAAUAUUUUAAUUUGAUACGCUAUAUACGGUACUUUACUGCAACCUAACAGAAGGACGAUUUUUUGCAUCAUGGUGAGGGGAAAGCUUUGCAAAGUAUAACAGUGGGGGUACGUACAGACAGGCUGAGGUGUUCAAAUGAUUCCUAAAAUAAAUGGCUUAGAUUCAGACAAUGUUUCUCAUUGCAUUUAAGAUUGUUUAUAUUUUUUUUAUGAAAAUUUGCUUUAUUGUUUUAAAAAUAAUAUCUAGCAUAUAUGAAUUGAUUGAUACAUUUAUAUUGUAGUUUUUAUUGCUAUUCAUAUGAAAAAAUAUUUUUGGAAAUGCUUUAACACCAUUAUACAGUGGAACCUCAAAAAUCGAACUUUCUUCGGUCCAGAAGGCUGUUCGAGUGCCUUUACCGAAUUAAUUUAUUCCCAUCAGGAAUAAUGUAAAUUAGAUUAGUCCAUUUCAAACCCUCAAAAAUACACUAAUAAAAGCGCUUACAAAAAUACACUUACAUAAUUGGUCGUGUUAGGAGCAGUUCGAUUUUUGAGGUUCCACUGUAUAUAGUAUUUAAUUUCAUUUUAUCAUGAGAUGAGAGUGAAGUUCUUCUCUGAACUCAGUCAGUAUUUGACCUAAAACUCAUUUGGCUAUGUAGAUAUUUCCUUCAUUGGUAAUUUCUCUUAAACUUGUUAUUUGUUAAGUAUUCUUAGGUAAAUUAAAUAUAUGGCUGUACGUAUUUAAUUAUAAGAGGACGAUAAAUGGUUAAAUGUACACUAUGCAAUAACACAAGGGAAUACACCGGUAGCAAGGAUUUUAUUAUGACGUUUAACCCAAGAUUGAGCAUUAUCAUACCUGAUACAGCUCAGCCUUGGGUGAAACAUCAUCAUAAGUGGCUUCCCAGCUACCAGUGUCUUUAUUUCAGCUUGAGAUCUACCAUUGUUUACCAGAGUAAGACAAAUUGUGAUCUGUGGAAUGAAAAUAUUGUCAUGUCAUCUGCCUUUUCAUCAGUAAAGCUUUGUUAUAUCAAUAAAAUAUUUUGUAUAAGUA